AUGUCCUCAGAAGCAUGUGGUGUGCGAGGAAGAAUAAGGAGAAUAGCACCGCUGGCACUGUUCACUCAUUGCAACAGUCACGUUUUGCAUCUCAGUGUUGCAGCCGCAUGCAGGUUAACUUCAGUCAGAAACAUGAUUGGAACCUUAAAUUAAACUUUCAUUUUCUUUCAUUUUUCACCUACAAGACAGCAAUUUCUAGGACAAGUUUUAGAGAAGUAUGGUUCUACUUCCAGAAAGGAGAAGUUAAAAGGCUUAUGCAAAACCCAAUGGGUGGAAAGGCAUGAAUGUUACGAGACUUUCUACGAAUUUUACGAGUACGUUUGCAUAAGCUUGGAAGCGAUAGUUGAUGAUGAGUCGCAUCCUCAUGUUUAUUCCUCGUUAUCGUUCACGUGGGACAGGGAGACUAAAACCAAGGCACAAGGUCUUCUGGCAAAUUUGAAGACAUUCGGAUUCAUUUCCACCUUUUUGAUCACAAAGAAUAGCCUUGGAACACUCAAACCUAUUGCAGCUAAGCUUCAGAAGAAAGACCAAGAUGUCCUCCCAGCGUAUUCUAUGAUUGACGACACUAUUAAAGCAGUUGCCAGGGUGAGGUCAAACAUAGAAGAGGAAUGUCAUGAAUGGUUUGAAGACGCAUCUAGACUGGCUGACAAGUCUCAGUGCCAAGAAUCACUGGGAGGCAGGAACAUAGGAACAAUGCACCUAGCGUAA